AUGAGCCGUGGAAUUCUAGUGGUCAUCGGGGGAAAUGGGGGUUAUGGCGUUGUGGUUAGGGAGCACACUGGGAAAUUUGUUGUAGCCAUUGCGGGACCAAUUGAAAGUUCUGUGUCGGCCCUUCACUCGGAGCUGAUUGCAGCUCAAUGUGCGGUGGGGCUGGUUAAGACUUUUUCUUCGGGUGAUGUGAAGGUUCAAUUCGAAGGCGAUUCUAGUGUGGUGGUGGUGGCUAUGAAGGGUAAUGGGGAGAAUUACUCAAUGUGUGGCUCUAUGAUAAAUGAUUCGAGGUCUUUUAUUACAGAAUUGUCGAAUGCAGUGUGUAGCCAUGUCCGGAGGGAAGGCAAUUUGGCAACCCAUCGACUUGCUCAAAUGGGGAUUGGCGGUUCUCAGGAAGUUGUGUGGUUCAAGGAUCCUCCAAAUUUGCUCCAAGACAUUAUUUGA